AGAGGAUGCAGCCCCAGCUGUUGCCCAAAGCUCUGACAGUGCGGUGGUUGAUCAUGGCCUCUGGCUCCUACAGCCGUGCCUCCAGCGCGCUGGCAGCCGACAUCCAGAACAGCGACCUGGAGGACAUCGAGAUGUGCCGCGUGAUCAAUGACCGCAUCAUGAUGGUGGAAAGGAACUUCCUGUCACCCUACGUUUCUCCCAGAGACAGCCCCUUCCGUCACAUCCUGCUGGGCUCUGGUCCCCACACCCUCAAAGCUCUGACCAACCACCUCGACUCUUUGACGACUGCCAACCCCAACGCAGACGCCGAGCUGUUCCGCAACCAGUUUGCCCAGGCGACCUGGACCAUUCAGACCUGUGCCAACUCCCUAGCAGGGGACAUCUGGUCUCUGGAUAAUGAAAUCUAGAAAAGUCCUUUUCCCUCCCUUGUUCAUGGUUUGGCCCUCUUAUUACAACUGGCAGUGCUGUUGUGAUUAAUCACCACGUUUUCAGUGGAUAUCUACAAAGUCAUCAUAUCGUUUCCACGAUGUUCAUUUGUUAAAAGCGCCGUAUGAUGACAAUAAGUCAAUGACUUUCUAUAGUUUACCAUGAGGAAAACUGUUUUUU